CAGUUCGGGUCAGAACCGCUGGGCUUUCUUUACUCAGUGAUGAAGUUUUUUGAUCCCAGUUGUCGCAGCAGGAUUACCUGAGCGCCCGGAGCAGAUUGGAGCACCGGAUCGGACCUUUUCCGACUUAUCAGCUGAUUGGUGAAGGAGAGCCAUCAUGAGCAGACGGGACCAGGGGCCCCGAGACGAGGGGCUCCGGGGGCCCAGGAUGCCCCAGAACGUCAAGCCUAAACCGGGCCAGCCGGCUCCCACCCAGAAGGACCGGCCCCAGAAGGCGCGGCGCUCCCGCAGCAGUGACUCGGAGCGAGGGAGGAGGCGGGAGCAUCACCACGGUGACCGGCGCCGGCGGGGCCGCAGCGAGGAGACCCAGCGGCGGGACGGGAAGGGCACGGAGCGGCGGGACACGCCCCCCGUGGACAUGCUGGGCGACACGGAGUGCGCCGUGUGCUUCUGUUCCUAUGACAACGUCUUCAAGACGCCCAAGCUGCUGGCCUGCGGUCACACCUUCUGCCUGGAGUGCCUGGCACGCAUCAACGUCACGUCGCCAGAGAUCAAGACGCUGUCGUGCCCCGUGUGCCGCGUCCUGACCGAGCUGCCCCACGGCCGCGACCUGCCCCGCCUGGGCAACAACCAGGACAUCAUCGGCCGCCUGCCGGCCGACAUGCGCCGCGCGCUGUCCGUCCGCUUCCAGCGCAGCAAGGGCCGGCUGCUGCUGAAGCACCCGCUCCCCGCCGCCAAGCCCGCCGCCAUCAACCUGCCCGUCAAGAAGCACCAUGCCCCGCCGGCGGCCGCCCAGGGCGCCGACUUGGCCGCUGCAGAGGAGGGCAGCGCCCCGCCCACCAUGGUGGACGUGGGCAGACCACCAAGCAGGAUGAGGGGCCGCAUGCGGCGCCUGUUCCACUCCGACCGCUGCUACUACGCCGUGGUGGCGUCCAUCAUCACCAUCACCGUGGCGCUGAUGAUGGUGGGCAUCCUAGCCUUCGUCAUCAUCCCCAGAGUUCCCAUACUCAGCAGACCCAGCGGGAACUUUACCGGCUCCUCCUCACAUGAGAGCAGCGAGAACUUUGAACCGGACUCACCCUGAGGGGGCGGGGCCUGAGGGGUGCGCUGAGGUUUUACUCCGGGUGUGAAACGGUGAAGGAAUGAGGAAGAACAAGAUGGAGGCUUUUUUCCCGGCUAAGCAUGAAGAACUUUGACCCCUAAGGGGUCAGGAAGGACCACUCUGAGAUUCUACUACAGGUUUGAAGCGGUGAAGGAAUGAGGAAGAGCAAGAUGGCGGCGUUUCUCCAGGCUGAAUGUGAAGGAUAUGGGGUUCCAUCUGUGACAAUACAUUGAAAAAUUAACAGCAAUAAUUUAUUAUUUAACCAUCACAAGAGAAAAUAUGGAAAUGAAUCUUUCAGUCAUCUUUUCACCUUGUUGUUCAGGCUCAUUGUUUAGUUAGCAAAUUAAAUAUUUAACUUCAAACUAAAAAUGUUGUUCCAAGCUAAAUAUUUAAUUAGAAAGCUAAAUAAUUAGCUAAUUAAAUAUCUACUUUGAAACUGUGACAUUUAUAAAUGAAUGAAUGUAAAACUGUAACAUUUUCUCUUAUGAAAAUGGAUAAUUACUGGUUGGUUUUUGACUGCGUCUCUCAGCGACUUUCCACUGACAGAACCUGAAUGUGAAACAGAAUCAGGAGGAGAAUCGACUCCAGAACAUGCGAAGCACUUAAACCUCCUUAUUUAUACCCGGAACUCUAAACAGAAAUCAUGUACAGAUAUUGACAGGCAUCAGAUUCAAUAAAACUGCUUCUAUUCAAACGUUUC